AUGCACUACGGACUUGUUAAUGCACGGUAAGUUGUGGGCGUUUUAUAAGGUGAAGUAUACCUCAUAUUAAAUUUGGUUUGGACUUUAUUCUGGAAUAUUUUUAAAGUUAAAACUUAAAAUCUAAGUUGUUAUUGACUAAGGCCGCGCGAAAAUUUCGAAGUAGUUUUAAAAAUAGAUUAAACAAGGAAGUGUCAUAAAGUAUUCCGCGGCUUAUAGAACAAGACUUACCUAAAUAAGAGCAUAAAAAGUUAGCAAGAUAGUCAUUUUCAAAAACUGCUAAACGAUCUCGUCUAGCAAGCUACGUAUUAGUGGUCUAAAAAUUUACAUAGAAGAUUCACUUUGGCCUUUGUUUUUUGCCUUUUACAAAAUCAAUAGAUUGAGUACAAUGCAAUAAGGCUAAUAGGUUAAGAGUUUAGUCUAACGUGCAGAAAGCUAUAUGUUUGAUUCCUCUCUGUUUCGCUGUCGUUUUGCCAUUAUGAUAAGACAUUUUGGGUGCCUAAACAAUGCCUAGAUCAAAAAAUAUCUUUAGUCGGAAUUUAUGGUUUAUGUAAUUCAUAAAAAUCAUCAAAAAUUUUUUUAAAAUAGUUAGAAAAUAUUUGUUUUAUGGCUGUAGGAUGUUUAAGCUUUAAUUUUCGAAAACGGUUUUCUUGGUAAGUUUUUGUGCUCUUUUAUCUUAUAUACAGUGGAACUCCUGUAUAACGAAUCGCUCGGGGACUGGAAAUUUGUUCGGUAUAAAGGAGUUUCGUAAUACAGGAGGUUUAAAUGCACUGGGUAGUGGUAGAUGGAGAUUCAAAAGUUGUUCGUUAAAUGGGAGUUUCGUUAUAGAGGAGUUCGUUAUCAGGAGUUCCACUGUAGUUGUCUUUGUAAAUCCCGCGGAAUAAUUGGUGCAUCUAGAGAUGCAUCUCCUUUGUAAGGUUUUCAUUGGCUAGCGGCCGCGCGCAAGUUCGAAAUAAUUUUAAAAAUAAACUUUAGUUUUAAAGUGGUUAAACUAAUCUUUGUAAACUUCAAAGACGACAAAGUUUACGACAUUGGACACAUAAUUUUAGCUUUAUGUUUGUUUUUUUGUUUCACUUGGUCUUUCGUACUCUAAACAAGACUUUAAACGUUUGAAAGCUAUUUUAGUCGAGACUAAAAUGACCUCUCAAGACGUUUUUUUUUAUAAUUUUUGACUAAUAGAACUGUAGAUGAACCUGUCAUUUUUUAAAUUGAAUUUUUUAAAAUUUUUAUUAUAUUAGGUUCUUCACAUAAUUCUGCGCCCUCUUAUUCCACAAAUUUCCUUUGAGAGGGACGCAGAAUUAAGUGAACAACCUAAUAUUAAGUGCCGACAUAAAGAACCCGUCAUUUUUUACAGGAAAUUACAGGCAAAGUAUGGCGGGUUCUUUAUGUCGGCACUUAAUACAUAUUACUCUACUUUAUUAUUCCUUCUCAUAGACUUUAUUUUUUUCAACUGAUGGCUCGUAUUUAAAAAAAAUACAAAUUUUUCAUUUUCCAGACGCCCGGCUUCAAUCCGACCGCUCGCGUACCAGCAGUCAUCCCGGCUUCGGCGGGGCCAAUUUCCUGAGUCCGCCGACUCGCCGCGCCCCUCCGCCGCCGCUCAAAGGCUCCGCCAGCUCUACAGCAAGAUCAGAGGCAUUAUCUGCAGGCAUGGAUUUUAUUUUACUUUACUUUAGAGAUACUUAAGCUUGAGUAAGUGUGAGGAAAGGGUAGCGAAGAGGUAUGGCAAGGGUAGGACAAUGCCUUGAUGUCUAAUAUCAGCCUGUUUUAGCCUAAAAUCAGCGCUUUUCGACUUAAAAAAAGAUUUUUUUUACUAAAUUUUAAUUUUUUUUGGCUUUAGAACAAAUGCGGUUUUUGGACACUUGCGAAUUUUUUAAAGGGUUUUUUAAUUUUUUAGUUAAUUUAGUUGUAUUAUGGUAAUAAAUGGUACUACAGUUUAAAUUGGUACCAUUUUAACAUAACAGUACCAUUUUGGGCUUUUAGUACCAUUUAGUACUAAAAAAAUAUAUAACAGUACCAAUUUAAAAUUUGGUACUAUUUAGUACCAAAAAAUAUUAAAAUAUUAACAAUUCAAAAUUUAGUACUAUUUAUUAUCAAAAAACAUUAAAAUAGUACCAAUUUGAACUUUAGUACUAUUUAGUGCCAAAAAAUAUUUAAAUAGUACCAAUUUGACUUUUUAUUACCAUUUAGUACCAUUCUACAACUAAAUUAACUAAAAAAUAAAGAAAAACCUUUAAAAAAUUCGCAACUGUCCAAAAACCGCAUUUGUCCUAGCGCCACUUUUUUAUGUAAAAAAAACACAAUAUAACCCACUUCCAGCACGAUCAGACCCACUACAGACCUCAUCUUCAACCAAGACCACCACCUUGUCAUUGCAUGAACAAUUCGCCAACUUUCUCCGCGAACAAUCGGCGAUAGAACAGGCUGAGAGCAUGAUUCUACCGGUCGUUAAAAUACGACGAAAGUCAUUAUUGGCCAACUUGAGUAGCGUUUUGUUUUUGGCAUCGUAUUUGGUAUUCGGAGGGUAUAUGUUUAUGUAUUUCGAGGCUGACGAGGCUAGAAGAGCGGUUCAUGAGCAUCUACAGAAGAGGUAUACCUGUAUUGAUGCUAUUUUUAUGAGGUAGGGUAAAAUACGAAUACAAGUAACAUGCAUGUUUAUAUUUAAUUUUUUUUUUUCAUUUUUAAAAAUUUUUUUUAAAUUUAAAAUUUUUGAAAAUUUUGAAAUUUUCUGAAAUUCAAAAAAAGAUAAUUUAAAAAAAUUUCAGUCGACCGUACGAUGCCUCUGUAGCCAUACGAAUUGCUCAAGAAUGUGUGGCUGAGCCAGAACUUCAAAAAAUCCACGAAUGGAAUUUGAAAAACGCACUUUUAUACGGGUUUGGUAUACUAACGACAUUAGGUAAGCAGUUUCUAAAAUUUAUGACAACCUUUUUUAUAAUAAUUUUAAAAAACGGCAGAUUACGGACGGGUCUUUGUUAUAGGCAACAUAAAAAAAGUCUUUUUCAUCAAUUAUAUUAUAAAGACUUCAUAGUCAGUAGGAUUUGUGUGGAAUAUUCUCGUUGAUUGUAGCGGCGUAAAAUUAGGAUUGGCCGUGUUGUUGAACCAUGUUUUUGGAGGUUGAAAACGAGGAGGAGUAUAUUGUGGUAGUUUAGAUGGUACAUUAUUAGGACACAACAGAACGUGAUGGCGUCGUUUGCAGAGACGACAUGUAUUUUCGCAUUUAUGUUGUCGUGUGAAAGGUUGUAGGCACGCGAAACAACGAUGAUUGUUUCGUAAAUCAGUUAUUCGUUUGGUAAUCGUUUUAAAUGUAGGACAUUCCGAAGAUGUAUGUUGAGUAAACGUGCAGAAUAUACACGGUAGUUUGCGUGGUGUACGUUGUUGAGAAAAGUUAACGAAAUUUUUUGGUAUGUAGUAGUGGUGGUGGUGUUAUAGCCGGGAGCAUUCCAGGUCUUCUAGCCUGCUCACCGAGUUCUUUUACAGAGCAAUCUUUAACAUUCAAUACCAAUUUCUUCCUUUAACCUUUAUUCACUAGUUGAGGAGACUCUCCAUCUGCCCGUCGGCAAGUGGAGCCUACAACAGUUAACCCGACUGGCGAUAACGGGGAUAUCUCUGGGUUUUAAAGCGGCUUUCGGACUCAUUAAUCAGUCUAGGAAACCUUAUAUUUAUAACCUUGAGAUUGCCUCGUUACAGUGGAACAUAUCGGUCCCGCGGUUUCGGAGAUUCUUCCACCUGUUCGAGAAUUUUGAGAAUGUAGGUGAUAAUAUGAUCCUUUUGGAAAUCGUUAUCAAGUCGUUUCCAGUCACGAAGCUUGUUUAAUAUAUAACGGGGCAUUUUGAGCUCCAAUAGAUAAAUAAAUUGAUCCGGCCCGAGAAAUUCUCCAUGUUGCUUUAGUUGUAGGACAAGUUGGUCCAUUUCAAGUACGUAAGUUUUAAUGUCUUCUGUAGAAUUAGAACGUGGAGUUAAUUGGUUGAGCUUGCGUAUUAAAUCUUGUGUUACGGCUUCAUCGUUUCCAAAACGGUCAGCGAAGGGUUCUUUUUACGGCGUCAAAGUUUUCAUGAGAAAUUUCGUAGCUGCGUACAGCAUUCAAGGCGUCUCCUUCUAAUUGUCAAAUUAAAUACGUUAGCUUUGCAAUAUUAGCAAGAUUAGAUUUUUCUACCGUUUCGUUGAAUAAUUGUAUGAAUUUCUUGUAAUGUCGGUAUUCUCCAUUUAAGCGUGGGAGUCGUAUGGUUGGUAAACGAACACGGGGUGGUGGUGGUUCAUUUGUUGCUGUCUCGUAGAUCUCCAAUAACAGAUUCACUUUCAUUAACGUUCUCAAACGUUUUGUGACUGUCCAUGAAAGUAUCGAAUGUGUUUUUCUCAGUGCUGUAGUCUGUCUUCGUCUGUGAGUUCUGAUAAUACAUUUUGCCAACUCGUUAGGUACCCUUGUAUUCUGUCCGUCGUCUUUUCUAGGGCUGUAAGACGUGGUGUGCCCUUCGCGAUAAACUCGUUGACCAUGAAUAACUUGCCGGUAAGGUCCAAAGUUUCUGGUACGGUAAACGCGCCUAAAGAUUUGGCCUUCUGAAGUUACGUCGCUAAUAAGGACAUUGACGGGGCCAAUAAUCUACGAAUGUGCCCGCUGGGGCUAGUAAUUUUCUUAGACAUUAUUUAGUAGCUCCGGAUUCCGAUUCACUGGCUGAGCCCCCAUAUGCUGAUAGUACAGGAAUAAAAAUAAUACUAUGACGUUAGUUACAGUAAUAUAAAAUAAUACAAAUUAUAGAUACAUUUUAUUGUAGAUUUUAGUAGUAUAGUACAAUUAUAAUAGUAGUAAUAUCACAAUGAAAAAAUAUAAAAUUGGGAUAUUGAAACGCCGUAAAGUACGGGUAUUUAUAGUGAUUUAGGGGGGGGGGGCGUAUGCUUUAUGAAACAAAACAAGUUUUUCCUACUCGCGAGAUUAUAAUCGUAUAGUUUUUGAACUUUUAAUCCCGCGAGAUGGAAACUUGUUUAAGCUGUACGAUUUUUUAUAUAAAAAGAUUAUAACUAUACGAUUUUUUGUGGUCAGUCACAACAGCAGGGUAAAAAGCAAAUGUGUAGAGUUGGGUGAUUUAAGUCAGGGUCAGGUAAGGAAAAGCAGGGAAGGACAGAAUAAGAUAAGGUUAGACAAAGAGAAAGAACGGUAAGAGAAAGGAUAGGAUAAGCCAAUGUUAUUAAUACGAUUAAAGAUAGGACUAGAGCUAGAGCCAGGGAGAGGGUUAAGGAUAUGGCUAGGGCUGAGGGGCUAGGGCUGAAGCUAGGGUUCGGAGCUAGGGCUUCGGGCUCUGGGCUAGGGCUCUGAACUAGGGCUCUGGGCUAGGGCUCUGGGCUAGGGCUCUGGGCUAGGGCUUUGGGCUAGGGCUCUGGGCUAGGGCUCUGGGCUAGGGCUCUGGGCUAGGGCUCUGGGCUAAGGCUCUGGGCUAAGGCUCUGGGCUAGGGCUAGAAUAUGCUUUUUCUAUUAUUUUAGGUAACAUUUUACAAUAAACUUUCAUUUUUCAGGCUACGGAAAAGUGGAGACAAAGACGCCGGAAGGCAAAGUUUUCACAGUGAUUUGGGGCAUAAUGGGCGUUCCAAUCACGGUGAUCAUUCUCUCAAACUUUGGGUUAUAUCUUCGAAGUGUUGAGUCCAAAUUCCGCCAUUGGUUGAUGCGACGAUGGCGCGACCGUUGCGACCGCGAAAAGUCGCCCACCUCAAAGUCGAUCAGGCUAGAGCCUCAGCCUUCGAAUGAUCUAGGAGUGUCGCCAGUUUCUUUGUUAAUAGUUGUCAUUGUUUACUUGGUAUUUGGAGCAAUCGUCAUGCCUUUGUUGAAUGGGCGGUUCGAGUUUGUUAAUGGAUUAUAUUACUCAUACAUCUGCUUUACGGCUAUCGAGUUUGGUGCACUGGUACCGGAAAAGUGAGUUUUAUGAUUGUAGUACGGCAUAUACGGUAGGGAAAGAAAGGAUACGGCAGGACAGGAUAGGGCAAGACUAUGUACUGUAGGGCCGGGCUGGAUACUGUAGGGUUGGGUGGGGUGUGUUAAAGUUGAGUAAGAUAGAGUAGGGCUGGGUAGGGUAGGGUAAGGUAGAGUAAAGUAGGGUAAUAUAGGGUAUGGUAGGGUAUGGUAGGGUAGGGUAGGGUAAAGUACGGUACGGUAAGGUAAACUAUUUUUUCAAAAAUUUCAUAAAAAUUCAUUUUCAGCACCGCCUUCAUACCAAUUGUAAUAGGCUACAUGGUGGUAGGGUUGGCCAUUUCAACCGUCGCUGUCGGUAAGUUAAUGCCAUUUUUAGUUUGAAAAAUAUUGUUAUCAUAUCAAAAAAACUUUACAUUUUCAUUUUUUAAUCAAAUUUUAUAAAAUUUUUAUUGAUAUAAGGUAUAAAAUGGCACUUUUAGUUGAAAAAUGUGUUAUAAAGGGAUAAAAGAAAGUCUUUCCGUUUUUUAACAGGGUACGUAAUUCAAAUUGACGACAAUACUUUUUUAUAGCCUGAUACAACAAGAUUUAUAGAAAAUAUUGAAGAGGUAUGCUAUAAAGUGGCAUUAUCAACAAAAAUUAAAAAAUUAAAAUUUUAAAAAUUUCAAAAAAAUUUUUUAAAUUUUAAAGAUUUUAAUUUUUAGAGCUAGGAGCAGUGUACGUGAAGAAAUUAUACUACGUCGGACGAAAAGCAGGAAAUUUCAGUAAUGUUAGGAUUUGGUUUGGCUCUAAACAGCUGCACGUGACCGAGCUACUGAGUGCUUUAAGUCAGACCAUCGGAAUCGACCCGGACACUUUCGCCGAACUGGACUUGGACAAAUUAGUUCAAGUAAGCUCGUUUUAUAGAAGUUUUACUUUGAUUACUUUGGUCAAAAAACUUGGGUCGUAUUGUUAACAUAGACAAACAAGUACCAUUAGGUACAUCGUAGAGGUAUUAGGUUGUUCAACUAAUUCUAUGCCCCUUUUUAAACCAAAUUUUUGGAGUAUUAAUAUUUAAAAACUCCAUUUCAGGACGCGAUCCUAGUGAAAGAAGGCAAACUGGACCGCAUUCCUCAAGCCUACAUCUUUUUGGAAGGAAUAUGGCCUCCGGCAUUAGUGCCAUUGUUUCUUCGAGAUGGUGGAUUCCCCGAAUAUGUAGAUGCUGAUGUGUCAACGGAUGAGAAAAUGAAGAAACUUCAUCGUACUAUUUCGAUGAACUCGUACUCGGUACGACGUCAAAUGGCGUAUCGAGAUUUGCCACAGAACGAGCCGGAUGAUGAUAGUAAUAACAAUAUCGUGCUUGAGUAUUAG